CCGGUUUUUAUUUUCCCCCUCUCUUUUCUUUCUUGUCCUUCGAUCAGUUCGGCCUUUCAAAAUCGUCUACCCUCCCCCAUCCGACCGUUCUGCGCGUUCAGUCGUCAUGUCCGCGCCCGAUCCGCUGCCGCAGGCAGUCGUCGUGGAAGACGAAAAGCUCCAGGCGGCCGAUAGUUCUAGAUCGGCGUCUGGGGAUGAAGCCAAGGCCCCCGAUGCGGUUCUGCAGCCCCCCACCCCGAAGAAGAAAUGGCAUCAACGGUUGAAUCCCUUGCGCUGGCAGGCGCCGCCACCCGUGCCGGAGGAGCGCACGCACUCGAGGGAGUAUGAGGCCUCGUUCUUCAGUAUUAUCACGUUUCAAUGGAUGUCGCCUUUGAUGAGGGUCGGAUAUUUGCGAUCACUCGAUUUGCAGGAUAUUUGGACGGUUAAUCCUAACCGUAGAGUCGAUGUAUUAUCAGAACGACUGGAUGCUGCGUUGGAAGAUCGCAUCGCGCGCGGAACCAAGCGCUCUCUCGCCUGGGCUUUAUACGACACCUUUCGCUUUGAAUUUCUUCUCGGUGCUGUCUGCCAGUUCUUCAGUUCGCUGUUGCUGGUGUUUGCGCCUUACUUGACGCGGUACUUGAUCGCUUAUGCGACGGAGGCUUAUGCAGCUCAGCAUAGCGAUCGCCCGGAACCACAUAUCGGACGUGGUAUGGGUUUUGUUGUGGGUAUUACUUGCAUGCAGGCCUUGCAAAGUUUAUGUACAAAUCAGUUCCUCUAUCGGGGACAGAUGGUUGGUGGGCAGAUCCGUGCCGUGCUGAUUUCUCAGGUCUUUAAUAAGGCUAUGAAGUUGUCCGGUCGUGCCAAGGCGGGUGGACAGGCAACGCCGGAAGAAGUGAAAGCGUUGGAGGCCACCAAGGAAGCUUUGAUGAAGCAAGGUGGUAAGGAGACGAGUCAGGACCCCAAGGCUGCGGUUACGGCGACUGGCGGUGUUGCCGGGGAUGGUCGCGGAUGGAAUAAUGGCCGCAUCGUCGCCUUGAUGAGUAUCGACGUGGAUCGCAUCAACCUCGCUAUGGGCAUGUUCCAUAUGAUCUGGACUGCUCCGAUCACGAUUAUCGUGACCCUAAUCCUACUUAUUGUCAACAUCGGCUACAGUUGUCUCUCCGGAUAUGCGUUGCUAAUAUUGGGCAUGCCGCUAUUAACAUUGGCCGUGCGCUCUCUGAUCAAGAGACGUCGAAGUAUCAACAAGAUUACCGAUCAGCGAGUCUCUCUUACUCAGGAGAUUCUGCAAGCCGUUCGAUUCGUCAAAUACUUCGGUUGGGAGAGCAGUUUCCUCAAUCGUUUGAAGGAGAUUCGGAAACGGGAGAUUCGUUCUAUCCAGACGCUCCUGGCUGUUCGAAACGGGAUUCUGUGCGUGUCCAUGUCGAUUCCAGUCUUUGCUUCGAUGCUCGCUUUCAUCACCUACGCGUUGUCAAAUCAUGAUUUGAAUCCUGCCCCGAUUUUCUCGUCGCUCGCUCUGUUCAACUCGCUACGGAUGCCGCUGAACAUGAUGCCACUCGUCAUUGGACAAGUGACGGAUGCAUGGACUGCUCUCAACCGCAUUCAGGAAUUCCUGUUGGCCGAAGAGCAGAAGGAAGAUAUCGAAAAAGACGAGACCAUGUCCAAUGCGAUUGAGAUUGAAAACGCCUCCUUCACCUGGGAGCGUCUACCCACUGAUGAGAAGGAGGGGGGCAAAGACCAGAAAAAACCGGCGAAACAUCCCAAAUCUACUACCCUGACUUCCCCCGACGAAAAGGAAAAUGAAGAUACGGUUCCCCUCGAGCCGUUCAAGCUCAAGAAUGUGACCCUGGAGGUAGGACGGAACGAGCUGCUCGCGGUCAUUGGAACCGUUGGCUGUGGCAAGAGUUCUUUGCUCUCAGCUCUGGCGGGAGAUAUGCGCGUGACUGAUGGCAAGGUUCGCAUGAGUACGACACGAUCAUUCUGCCCGCAGUACGCCUGGAUCCAAAACGCCACCGUACGCAACAACAUUCUGUUUGGAAAAGAGUACGACGAAUCAUGGUACGAACAGGUCAUCGAUGCCUGUGCUCUGGCUCCGGAUUUGGAGAUUCUUCCUAACGGUGACUCGACCGAGAUUGGAGAGCGCGGUAUCACCGUAUCUGGUGGCCAGAAACAACGUCUGAAUAUCGCUCGUGCUAUCUAUUUCAAUGCCGAGCUUGUGCUGAUGGACGAUCCCUUGUCGGCCGUGGACGCUCAUGUUGGACGUCAUAUCAUGGACAAAGCGAUCUGCGGUCUUCUCAAGGAUCGCUGCAGAAUUCUGGCUACCCAUCAGCUCCAUGUUCUCAGUCGGUGUGAUCGAAUUGUUGUGAUGGAAGAGGGCCGCAUUCACGCUGUCGAUACUUUCGACAAUCUGAUGCGUGAUAAUGAGCUUUUCAAGCGACUUAUGUCUACGUCUGGACAGGAAGACUCGAAGGAGGAGGAGGAGGAGGAGGAGGUUGUUGAGGAGGUGGCUGAAGCUUCGGACGAGGCUAUGGAUAAAUCUAACGAGAAGGCGGCAGCUAAGAAAAUUGCACCCGGUAGGCCUGCUGCGGCUGCUCUGAUGCAGCAGGAGGAGAAGGCGACUGCAUCUGUUGGUUGGAGUGUGUGGAAGGCAUACAUUCGCGCAUCGGGCAGCUACUUCAACGCUCUGGCGGUUUUCAUCCUCCUCGGUCUUGCCAACGUUGCCAACAUUUGGACAAGUCUGUGGCUAUCUUACUGGACCUCUAACAAGUACCCGAAUCUAUCGACGGGCCAAUACAUUGGUGUCUAUGCCGGACUCGGUGGCAGUGUUGUCCUGCUGAUGUUCGUUUUCUCGACUUAUAUGACGACUUGUGGAACCAAUGCUAGUCGCACUAUGCUUCAGCGCGCGAUGACCCGUGUCUUGCGUGCACCUAUGUCCUUCUUCGAUACGACACCUCUGGGCCGAAUCACCAACCGCUUUUCGAAGGAUAUUCAGGUCAUGGAUAAUGAACUCUCGGAUGCGAUGCGUAUCUACGCUUUGACAAUGACUAUGAUCAUCUCGGUUAUGGUAUUGAUUAUUGUCUUUUUCUACUACUUUGUCAUCGCUCUUGUUCCACUGUUCAUCCUCUUCCUACUUGCUUCAAACUACUACCGCGCUUCUGCGCGUGAGAUGAAGCGACACGAAGCAGUCCUGCGAUCGAUCGUCUACGCGAAAUUCGGCGAAGCCAUCACUGGUACAGCCUGCAUUCGCGCCUACGGUGUCGAGAACCAAUUCCGACAGAGCAUUCGAACUUCCAUCGACACCAUGAACGGCGCGUAUUUCCUCACCUUCUCGAAUCAACGUUGGCUCAGUGUGCGGCUUGACGCUGUAGCUACGGCACUCGUGUUCGUGACUGGUGUUCUCGUCGUCACCUCGCGAUUCAAUGUCUCCCCCAGCAUUUCUGGCUUGGUCCUGUCUUAUAUUCUGGCCAUCGCGCAGAUGCUACAAUUCACUGUUCGUCAACUUGCCGAGGUCGAGAAUAAUAUGAAUGCCACGGAGCGUGUGCAUUAUUAUGGAACCGAGCUUGAAGAGGAGGCACCUCUGCACCGGGUCGAGGUGGACGCCAGCUGGCCUGAGAAGGGCCAUAUCGUCUUUGAUAACGCGCAGAUGCGGUAUCGCGAUGGCCUUCCUCUCGUCCUGAAGGGUCUCACUAUGGACGUUCGGGGAGGUGAGCGCAUUGGUAUCGUUGGACGGACGGGCGCUGGCAAAUCCAGUAUCAUGUCCGCUCUGUUCCGUCUCACCGAACUUUCCGGUGGUUCUAUUCACAUCGACGGUAUCGACAUCUCCACCGUCGGUCUGCAUGAUUUGCGAUCUCGAUUGGCCAUUAUCCCGCAAGACCCGGCUCUCUUUAAGGGCACUAUUCGCUCGAACCUUGACCCCUUCAACGAACACACCGAUUUAGAAUUGUGGACUGCCCUGCGCAAGGCCUACCUCAUCGGUGAUGAAACGAGCAACCCCUCGCCCGAAACCAUCCCAAGCAUCCCCGGCACCGGCACCACGACCCCCCUCACCGGCAGCGAUUCCAAGCCUCGACCUACAAAUCGCCUGACACUGGAAUCCGCCGUCGAUGAAGAAGGUCUGAACUUCUCUCUCGGCCAGCGCCAACUCAUGGCCCUUGCACGUGCACUCGUACGCGACGCUCGGAUCAUCGUCUGCGACGAAGCCACCUCGUCCGUCGACUUUGAGACUGAUCAAAAGAUUCAACAUACAAUGGCGCAGGGCUUUGAAGGAAAGACUCUUUUGUGUAUUGCGCACCGGCUGCGCACGAUCAUCCACUACGAUCGCAUUUGCGUUAUGGAUCAGGGUCGCAUUGCGGAGAUGGACUCGCCACUUGCGCUUUGGGAUCGGGAAGAUGGUAUCUUCCGCGCCAUGUGUGAGCGCAGUGGUAUUUCCAGGGAGGAUAUUCUGGAAUCGGAUUAAAGAAGUGCAAUCAUCCAAAAAUCUUGUACAUGAAAGUAUCAGGCGUCCUUAGGCAUAAUCUGAACAUAUAAUUACAUUUCUUAUUUCUCAUAUAUCACUUACAUCCUAACUCCCCCCCGAGUCUAUACAGAGAGUCCCUAGCUACUCCUUAUCCAGUUCACACACCAACUCCAUCCCCAUAUUCCUCAAGAUCCCUUCCACCCCAGACUCCCUCCACCCUUCCACAUCUCUCUCAUCCAGCUCCACUUUGACCUCCUCCUCCGACGCUGCACCUAUGGGUAACCCGGUGAACUUCACAACCAGACCGGGGGCUGUUCCAACCACUCUCAUCCUCAACCCCGUCAGCACCCCUCGUAAAUGAUCGGUCGCCUUCCCACCACCCUUAGACCCAUACGAGACAAUCCCCGCGGGCUUCCCCUUCCACUCGUGAAACAGAUAGUCGAGCGCAUUCUUGAGACUUGCGGGGAUACUCCAAUUAUACUGUGGCGUGACGAAGAUGAAUGCGUCGUAUUCACGGACAACGGCUGACCAGGCGCGCGUGUGUGGUCUUGUGUAGUGGGGUGUUGGGUUGUCGGCGGGGAGGCUCGCGGGGAUGACGGAUUCAUCGUAGAGGGGGAGCGAUUGUUUGGCGAGGUCGAUAAUGGUGAAUGUAAUAUGGCGCGGGUCGGUGUCGACGGUAUCGGCGGAGGUUGGGGAGGGUUUGCGGGUUGGGAGGGUGGGAUCGUUGGUUAGAACGUCAUAGACAUAUUGGGUGAUGGUUGGAUUGAGGCGUGGGGUGCGCGUGCUGCUGGUGACGAUGGCGAUGUGUUUGGGUGGCAUGUUGACGGAGAAGAGGCAAUUGUAGAGGCUGAUUGAGUCUGGAGGAUUUAGGUUAGUUUCAGGAGGGAGUUGUAGCUUUGGGAGGUUGGAAGGUUUUAGAGUUGAUGAGGUCCUCGGAUCCGCGAAGCUGCGAGCUCGUGUGGGGCUGGCAUU